AUGGGUUGUUUUUCUUCGCGAGAACUCAUAGAUUUUAGUCUCAUUCAACCGACUAUUUUGCAGUCACAGAAUGCCUACAUUGAAUUCAGUGGAAGUACCGAACGGGGCCGUUUUCAAGUUUGUUUAGUUUUUCUUUCUCAAAUCGUUGACUUACUGUUUAACUUAUUGUCUGUAUUCUCAAUUUUAGCAAUUAUCGAUAUACAACAGAAAUCAUAUUUUAACAAACGCUAUCGGGCAGAGUAUCCUCAUAUGGUUAUAACCUAUGUCAUACGGGAUGAACAUGGGCGGAAAGAACAUCAGGCUGCAUGGCAAAUGAGUAAUGUGACCUACAAAAAAUGGAAAAAUGCAAUCAAACAAGUGCAAGGACGUUAUCCACCAUCAGAAUUCGGUUAA